AUGACGCGAGCAACGGCUCCGCCCAUUCUCCUACAGCUUCAAAGCCCGGAUUCCAUAUCCUCUCAGAUUGCCUCCCUCCGAGUGUUAAAGAAUGAAUUGAUAGGUCACGAUCAGCGCAAAGAAGUCUAUGUGGCUGCGGGAAUAAUCCCAACGCUGGCCUCGGUGCUCGGAUCGCGAUGGCCGGGGAAAUCAUCUGAGGCCGAAUCGAACCGUUCUCUGACCCAGGCGGCCAGUCCCUAUCAAGUCUCAGAUAGCUCAGAAGGCUCAGAAGCCUGCCUGCAGGCAAUCUUGAUAGUUGGAAGCUUAGCGCAAGGUGGUCCGACCUUCCUUGCCCCAAUAUUCGCAAGUGAUAUCCUACCGACUCUUCUUUCCUUUCUAUCAUCGCCAGAUUGUCCUCAGAAAUUCCGUCUUCCCAUUCUAAGACUUCUCAACACGAUUGCGGACCGACUACCGUUACAAAGCCAAGACCAAGGGCCCCGGGACACUCGACUAGCAGAUAUCGUCUUUGCGCCCGAGGCAGUCGGAGCUAUCAGACGAAUUAUUGCGCAGAACUAUGGUCAUUCGGGCAGCCAAGUGAGCAUUGAGCUGGCAGCUGCCCUGAUUGGGAAGCUAUGCACGGAGGAGGUUCAUAAGACAAUUUUGGCGGAAUGUGGAAUAUUAGACGCUCUGGCUGUUAAGGUUGCCAGUUUUGUCAUAGCUCAAGGCUUUGUUUUACCUAGCGCUGAAGACCAUAUACUGGAACCUGGAGCUCUGGGUGAUUUCCCGCCACCUGCCCCGACAACGGCUCGGCUGGCACCCAUCCUCCGCGCGAUCACUGUGAUCGUCGAGCAAUCGAAAUGGCGGGCAGAGCAUUUCUUAUCCUCACCAGGGAUUCUCACUGUGUUCCCGAAACAAGUCCCAGGAUUCGCCCCCACGGACAUUAAAAAGAACCCAUGGGGAAACGCAUACCUAAGUGGCUCGGCGGUACCUCGUCAUUCUGGCACAAAUCCAGUGGAUCAUCUUCUCCCGUCAGUUCCAAUGGUAUAUGCCAAAUCUCCCUCGGGCUCGUCCAAUUUCCCACCUCUGGGCAAUUCUACCUCGCAGCGUCGCCAUAGUCAUUCCUUUUCUACCCCGUUUUCGCUGGCCGAAACAUCUCCCACAGAAGAAGAUGAGAACUCGAUUGUUCCAUGGCUACUUUGCAUCCUCCGUUCCGAAAGUGGCAUGGUUCAGUUAAUGGCGGCUCGGCUGGUGACCGUACUUUUUCGUCUGGGUCUUGCCAAAAAGCACCGAGUUCCAAUGUUCAGUUAUCUUUUGGUUCCAAUUCUCAUCCGCAUGUUGGAAAAAGAUUUUGAAUUGCCUGAUGAGCCAGGGUCUAAUGAUGACGGGCUGAUCACUCCCACACAGCGCUUGAAAGAAGAGGCACCGGCUGUUCUAGCCAACCUGGUCAUGGACGAUCAGGAACUACAAAAACAUGCAGUGGAUGGAAAUGCACUGAAGCGUCUAUCUCAACUUCUUAAAGAGACUUACAACCCUGUCUCGGAGACCUUGCGGCCGAUGUGGCACGCGGAGGGGGAUAGUCCAGCUCGGGACCCUGAAUCUGUCCCUUUGGACUGUCGACUAGGACCGCCUGGAUACUCGCCUACGCUUUGCCAUAUUAUGAGGUAUCGGGAGAGUAUUCUGAAGGCCUUGGCUGCACUGGUACCCUUCAAGGAUGAAUAUCGGAAAGCGGUCUGUGAAAACGGAGUGGUCCCCUACAUCAUUGACUCUCUCAAACCUCGACCAAGCGAUGCUCCUGCCGACACCGGCUCAGUACCAAAAAAUACUGCAGCAGAUGGUAACCCGACACCAACGCUUUUGGCUGCUUGUGGUGCAGCUCGCAUGCUUACUAGGUCCGUCAGCGUCUUAAGGACUAGUCUCAUUGACGCUGGCGUAGCCCAGCCGCUGUUUACCCUUAUCAAACAUCCUGACUUGGAAGUUCAAAUUGCGGCCACCGCAGCGCUCUGCAACUUGGCUUUGAACUUCAGUCCUAUGAAAGAGGCAAUUAUCUCGGGCGACGUGAUUCCCAUUCUGUGCGAACACGCCCACUCAUCCAAUACCAAGUUACGUAUUGAGUCUUUGUGGGCCCUUAAACAUGUGGUAUUUGAUACCCCCAAUGAUAUCAAAAUGAAGGUGAUUGAAGCUCUAGGCCCCGCUUGGAUCCGGGAGGUCAUCAGCCAAGACCCAGUCAGCGCCUUGACUCGACGCGGAAUGGACGAGGAUACGGAUACUGCUAUCGGAAUAGCCAUGGGUCGAGCCAAUUCGGCGGGAGAACAAGUUGAUAUUCUUAACCCUAUGGAAGAUUCUGGCGAGUCGACUGAGGGAUUUAAGAUGGGUGACAGCAUGCCGCCAUCGAAAAUGAGCUUGGAAAUGUUCCUCCCUGAUGCCAGGCGUCGGCGCAAGCUUGUCAUGCAUGGUAAUCUGGAGCAGUCCACUCAGUCUCGGCAGGACGACAUCGCUGUGCAAGAACAGACAUUUGAUCUGCUUCGCAACAUAAUCUGUGGGCCUGGUGCAGCCGAAAUGAUCGACUUUCUCUUCCAGGAAAUCGGCCAGGAUGAGCUACUGGACGCACUCGCAGAUAAUUUGCGCCCCCGCACUAUCCAACUGCCUCACCGCCGCGACUCCUCUAACCGGGCGUUGCAAGUACCCUAUGAAAUCCUGACCUCUGUCAGUGCCAUCAUAAUCCACCUGGCGGCAGGACUCACGCGCCACCGGCAGCUAGUGAUUUCUCACCAAGACUUGUUACGGUCCCUGACAAACUACUUCAACCACUCCCAUAGACAAGUACGGGUCAACUGCGUUUGGGUGGUCAUUAACUUGAUCUACCAUGAAAACCAAAGUGAUCGUGAAGGAUGCCGCGAACGUGCCACCAGACUCAAGGCUCUCGGAAUCUUUGAUCGACUGGUUAGUCUCAAAGAUGAUCCGGACCUUGAUAUCAAGGAGCGCACCAAAACGGCUAUGCAUCUAGUGAGCCAGCUAUCUCCGCCUUGA